CUUCGUAAACUUAUAGUUAAAAUACGAUCAUCACCACAAAGUCGAGAACGAUUUGCACGUCAUGCUAAAAUAGCUAAUUUUAAAAAUCUUAAUCUUAUUCUGGAUGUAAAAACAAGAUGGAACUCAACUUAUGAUAUGCUUAAUAGAGCAUUUGAAAUGCGUGAAGUAAUAGAUGUAACUGCAAGUUUAGAUAAAGAACUUCGAAAUUUUGAACUUAUUGAUGAUGAAUGGAAUAGAAUUAAUGAUAUUAUAUCUGUUUUAAAAAUAUUUGUACGAACUACCAAAACACUUUCAUCUGCAACAUAUCCUAUGCUUGCCUCUGUUAUACCAAUAUAUAACUAUUUAAUAGAUGGACUUGAAACAUAUUGCGAUAAGUUUGAUGAUUCUAGUGAUAUAGUAAUUGCUAUUAAAGCGGGCUUAAAAAAGCUAGAAAUAUAUUAUACAAAAACAGAUGAUACAAUUAUAUAUACAAUUGCUACUAUACUUGAUCCACGGUUAAAGCUAGAUUAUUAUAUUGAUAAUAAUUGGAAACAAAAAGUUGAUGAUAGUAAAGAUGAGAAUGAUGAUGAAUUUUUAGAUCAUAUUUUUGGUAAACAGAAAAAAGUUCAAAAUAAUGAAGUGGAGUUAUAUUUAAAAGCUCCUCGAGCAGCACGAGAUCAGGAU